GCUCAACGUAUCAGACCAUUACGGAAAUCCCAAACGAUCAUAUAGAACAAACCUCAUUUCCGUAUAAUAUUCUAUCGUAGUCGAGCCACAGCUUUAUAGGAUGAACAAGUUCCAAUUGCUGAAAAUACAAGGUACGCGAUUAGGACGCUGACUCUGAAGCUACUACUUCCAAGGGCAGGCAGCAUGACCUACCACUGCCAGACUGGUCAAACAUGCCGCCGUAACAUAUGCUCUUGUUAUAGGAGGAAUCUCAUAGAACCAUGUUUCUAAUGGCGUAGGCAUGAGAAGUUAUUGAAAGAGUGUAUAGGUUUUAGGUGAGCAGGUCCAAAGCUCAAAUCCCCACACUUUCAUGUCGCAUACAUUAGACGAUCCAGCAGAUGAAUCUAGUAAUCUCAUUCAAGACAUAGUGAGGGACUUGCUAUCUUACGAUAGCGUCAGGCAGAAACGAGUGUUCGAAUACUACUUUUUUCGAGACGCUUCGCUGACUUCGCCUCUCAUGAGCAUAGAAGGGGUCGUGAAUAUACAAAAUGUUUACACGGUAUGGAAGUCGUUGAAUAGAGAUGAGCCAUCUAUCAAUAACAUAGUUUUUGACGGCAAAAUUGCAGUCGUUCAUUUGACACAAAAUCUUUGCCCAAGCAUUUUUCCGUUUGUCAAGAUGAAAGUGCCUGCUAUUGUCACUUUGUAUUUCAAGGAGACAGACGAAGAUAGCGGUUUGCUCAAAAUUUAUAGAGAGGAAGAUAGCUGGACACUAGAAGGUUUAAUAUCGUCUGUACCGUUAAUUUCAUUUUGGUAUGAUAAUGUUGUACGAGUCGUUAUGGGUAAAUUGUUGACAACAGCUGGAGACGUGCUACACUCUGCCGUUAUUCAAGCUCAAAAGAUGUCCUUGCAUGGCAGAGAAAUACAACGUCUCGGACAACAGAUAGCUCAAGAGAAAUUGGACGAAUACAGGUUGACUUUUGGAUCUGAUUCAAGACUAGCAAUCGAAGGUCCGACUAAUGACGAUUGUUCAGACAAUGACAACUCCACCAAGAAACACCCACCGUAUUCCAGUUGAUUUGUACACAACCACCUUGUAUAUAGAAAUAUACAUACUACAUACUAUAUUAUAUUAUAUUAUAUUUAUGUCUUGCU